AUGGCCACGGAUCCCAUAUCACUAUGGACUUUAUCAACUACUGGUCUAGCCUUUAUCACCAAAGGCGACUUUUUCCCCUUAUUUUGGAAUGCGUCGAAGGCUUCCUUUAAGGAAUCGACAAUCCUCAGCUCUUUUAAGGUAUCAGGUAUAUCACCACCUGAUCCUCAACCAGUUCUUGAUAGAUUCACCAGAUCUCAAGAAUCAAGAGAGAGCUCCUUAUCAUCACUUAGUGAUCAUAAUUGGAGAAAGGUGGAUAGGCUCAUACGCUUUAAGCUUCGUCAAUCACUCCACCACCUAUCUGUUCAAAAUGAGCUACUCCACCAUGAUAUUGAUGGGCUAAGGCAGGCGCUAGCAACAAAGAAGAAGCCUCUAAAACUAUCCCAAAAGGGGAAAAGAAAGGCCUCUAAGCUAUCUCUACAGAUUAGAAAGCGUCAGAAACGAGUUGCUGAUGCUCAAGAUGUUGGGGAGGCCUCAGAGGGCGCAUCUGCUGCCCCAGCUAGAUCAACACGCCGCGGCCGCAACGUUAAGCUUCAGAUAGAUUUAAGUAAAGCAAAUUGA